AUGGAACCGCUACCGGAAAUCCGAGACACGCCAAUGGUCGAAGACCUCGAGACGCCAUUUUUCUGGCCCAUCGCCUUCAAAAACACAUUCAAGCUGAUCCAGCGGAUUGUGACGGGCCAGGUCGAGAACGACAUGACAGCCGCUCGUAGCCUCCACGCCUUGGUUCGCAAACAGCUUGCCGUGGCGGCCAAAGACAAUUACCGAGAGACUCAAGCCCUUCUCUACCCCGAGACCGGCGAGCAAGCAAACUUCGAGCUCAUGAUCGAGACCGUCAUGCUGAGACAGCUCGUUGAGGGUGCUCCUCAGGACACGGAUGCGCGAGAAGAGAUGGCUUUGUUGGUCGAGAACUGGAUCGCCUUGCCUGGCAUGCAGGAACAGACCGAGAAGUUUCUGAGGUACCUCCGCCCCAGACUUUGGAAGGAUCCUGUGUGA